CCUGAGUGGACUCGGAAUCACAACUGAACAAGCCGAAAACAAACGGUUUCCUAAUUUCUAACGGUUAUCCAAUUAUGUCCAAUCCACCUUUGUUUCGUGACCCAUGGGCGAAGAGGGAAGCGUGGCGGAAACACCCUGUGUUCACGAACCGUGCCAUGUUUUCUAGCAUGUUUCCAGGGCUUGGAAUCGCACUAGUAGCGUUUACCGCAUAUGUGGUGGUUGAUAAUUUCUACUCCAAAGCGCAACCAGGGGCACAGCAGAAGCACUGAGUUGGUUCGAGUGAUGCUGAAAGGA